AUGCCUAGAUCCAAACGUUCCAAGCUUGUUACAUUAGCACAAACUGAUAAAAAGGGUAAGGAGAAUAAGACCAGAAUCUUCGACGAAGUCAGAUCUGCCCUUGAUGAGUUCCGUUUUGUCUGGAUUCUUCAGUUAGAUGAUGUUCGUACACCAGUCUUGCAAGAUAUCAGAACAGAUUGGGCUGGCUCUAAGUUAAUCUUAGGUAAAAGAAGAGUAUUAGAGAAAGCUUUAGGUGACACUCCUGAAGAAGAAUACAAAGAUAACUUACAUAAAUUAUCUAAGUUAUGUACUGGUGUGUCAGGUUUAUUAUUCACUAACGAAACUCCAGAUACUGUUCAAGCCUACUUCACUGCCUAUUCAAAGCAGGAUUACUCCAGAGCUAAGUCAAAGGCGCCAAUCGAUUUCACCAUUCCAGAAGGUAUUGUGUACUCCAGAGGUGGUCAAAUUGCAAUUGAAGAAGAUGUUCCAAUGUCACAUUCAUUAGAAGAAACUUUAAGGAACAAGUUGAAAGUGCCAACGAAAAUCAAGGCUGGUAAAAUCAUUCUUAAUGAACCUUACGUUGUUUGUACUGAAGGUGAAACUUUAGAUGUUAGAAAGGCUUUGUUAUUGAAACAAUUUGGUAUAGCCGCUUCAGAAUUUAAAGUUAACACUAUUGCUUACUUUGAUAAUGAGAGUUCAGAAAUUACUAAAUUUGAUUAA